GUGAGUCGAGUGUUGGAAGUUGCCUCCAGGCACUCGGAUCAAGGACGUUUCCAGGAGGCACGUGAGUUAUUGCGCGACAAGCAGAGGAAGAUCUGCAGUGCCCCGCAGACGCCUGUGUUCAAGGCGCUGAACGUCCAACUUGCAGACGCUGAAGAUCGCAUGUCGGAUCAGGGUAGCUGGCGCAUUGGCUCAGCGUCAGUCAAGGAGGCAGCUUCUAUGCACAAGAUGCAACGUACGACGAACACCAUGGCAUCCCCCUCCUCAUUUUGCCCCGGUGUUCUCACCACCAAGUCGUUGUACGUCAGCGGCGCGCAGAGUGCUUCCAUCGCAAAGUCUAUGGUGCCAGAGAUUUUACGCGAUCAAGCUCCUUCGCUACCUCCUCCUGGUCCUGCUACUCUGCGUGUGCCCCCGACUCCUAUGGCAAACGCCAGUGCCUCUGCCAGUGCCUCGUCUUCGAACGCACGGGGUGGAGAUGGCCAAGAUGGCAAGCAGGCAGAAUGA